CCGAAUGUCUGACCGGAAACGACCGCUUUGAAGUGAAGCGAACAUAAGUAUUCAUAGGAAGACGGGGACAGCAAAAUUGACACGGGGCGGAAAAUAUUCCGCUGAAAAAACACGUAAAAAUGAAUGGAUAGGAAUAAUGAGGACGUUUUGGCAAAAUAUUGCAGGUAAAUGAGCAAUACACCGGCAAGUGCGCAUGCAAGCAAAAAAUACUCGACAUCUCAAAGAUAGCUAGCCCAGCGGAAAUUGGGUUUGGUUAACGGGUCGAAAACAGAGCUGUCGUCGGGCCGAUGGGGAGGCCUUCGAGGUGUUUUUCGGCUGGAAGAAGAAAAUGACCUGCUAACCCGAAAUCGGAUACCGCCUUUAUUUUUUGCGUUUAACAUCGCCGAUGUGGUAUCAAGAAAUGUGAUUAAAGAAGAAAAUCGACUGCCCCCCUUCCCUACACCCCCUUUUAAAAUUCUGCGUUCAACCUCCUGCUGUGGAGCAUCAGGUUCGGAUCUCUUGACGACCCGCCAAAGCUUCAGAUUCCACAUGUACUCCAUGGACCGGUGAAGAAGCCCAGGCACCCAAGUGGAGACGUGCUGCGCCGGCGCCUGGUCUACUGGGAGAAGACUGGAGGGCUGCCUGCGUGGUUUCAAGGACAUCCUGGACUCUGAACUUUCACAAGGCAACCAAGGAGAAUUCUAACGUUGGCAAGAUUAAGUUCGAACAGUUGAUUCACCUGCAUUCCAUGAACCUAAUCAGGUUUCAGAAAUGAUUUGCUGUAGACACUAACUGGACACGUUAAGACACUGUGCUCAUUAUUAAGAGUGGUGUGUGUUCUUUUUUUAUCUGAACAUAUCUUAUUUUUUUGUUAUUUAAUCCAUGCCUUCUGUAGGAACAUUUUAAUUGACUCAAGGACAACUUUUAAUCAGAAAGCACAGAAGGCAAGCAUAUUGAUAGGACCCACAAUAAUCAAAUGAAUCAUCAAACAUAGUUAUCCCUCAAGACUGUAGUAUCCUCCUUAUAUCAUCCUUUUAUUUAUAGCAUUAUUCUUCUCGACCUAUACGGACAGUCACCAUAAAAAAAACCCUCCCCCCUGCCCUUUUAACGACCCCCACUUUUUUUUUAGUUGAUUUUUAUAUUUUCCAUUUACUGCAACUUUCCCUUGGGUAGGUUGCACCUGAACAUUUUUUUACUAGACAUAUAUCGGAGACAAUUGUUUCUUGCUCAUUUGAAAAAGUGGAGGCGAAAAAUUCUCCUCUAAACAAAAAGGGUGGGCCAAGGGACACAGCCCCGUUAGUGGCCCCCCUAACGGAGCUCGCAGGAAAUGUUCCAGUUCGGUAAAUACCCAAUGGACAUUUUAGAAAUGCUGAGCGGACAUCAGGCUCACCAGUUCAAAGGCCUGGGUUUGGAGAGGCAAUUGCAGCACCAGCAGCAGGUUCAGCUACAGCAGCAGCUACAGCAACAGCAGCAGCAGCAGAGCGAGGCCUCCGUUCUCUCCGGCCUGGGGCUUGGCUCCCUGCAGAGCUCCAGGAGUAAUGCAUUCGCCGACUCCUCCUCCAUAUUUGCCAAAAUGAGCGCACCCCCUCCCCCUAUUCCCCAGCAGUCUCAGUCCUCCUCAUCACAGAGCUCGAGAAAGUCAAGCAAGAUGAGCAGCAGCAGCGGCAGCGGAAGCUCCUCGUCCUCCGGAUACCAGUUCUUGCGCCCCUUUCACCCUGCAGACGCUCUGGCCCAGGAGCAGCUGCACUCUGGAAUGGGACGCUUCGAUUUUGGGAGUGGAAGCAGCAGCAGUAGCUCAGGCGUACUCACAUCUGCUCCCCCGCCCCCACCUCUACACCCUGGCCUGUCUGUCCCUCAGGCGUCCCCUGGGCCAUCCUCCUCCUCACCCUCGCCCUCCAGUUCCACCUCCACCUCCAACAACCCUGCCAGCAGCAGCAGCACUGUGGCACCAAGUUUACACCAGCAGUUCAGCUGCAUGCUAGCUGCCAACCAGUACUAUCUCUCUGGAGUGCCAGCAAACGCCAGCUUGGAGCAGUUCCUGGUACAGCAAGGCUCCCACAACCAUCUGGGAUUGGGCCUGGGCCAAGGGGCAGGAGAGUCCAAUUCGGGCUUGGCGCCACCCCCAGCUCUCCACCCAUCACACUCCCAUGCUCACCCGACGACUCAGCCCCCACCCCAACAGCAACAGUUGCCACCCCACGCCUUAUCCCACCCCCAUUCCCAUUCCCACUCUCACCACCCUCUACACCCAGCCUCACAGCCCUCAUCUUUGGGAGGCUUUGAUUUCCAAGGCAUUCCCGUGCUCUCCUCCAACCAGCUAGCUUCCCUAAUGCAACAAGAGGCAGCCUCAGGCUUGCCGCUUCCCUUGCCACUUCACCUGUCCGUGUCCAAGGAUGAAGGGAAGGGAGAGAGUAGCUCUGGGGGAGGAGGGAGUGGAGGUAGUGGCAGCAGGAGAAAGAAGGCCAUGGCCGGCUACCUGCCCCAGAGAAAAACAGACGGCAGCAGUAGCACUAGUGGCAGUAGCAGUAACCCUAGCUGCCACAGCAGCUCCACAGGGCAUGGGCAUAACACUGCCUCUGGCCUGGUUGGAGGAGGUGGAGGGUCUGGAAUGAGGGGUCACGGUGGAGAUCCCUCAUCCAUCCUCUCCUCUACACAAUCCUCCUCUUCUUCAACUGUCUCCUCCUCCUCUUCCUCCGCCCCGUCCUCUAGCUCCGCCUCAGUCCUAGUUACCAAUGUCUCACAACUCCCUAAACAACAAGACAACCAAUCUUCCAACAUGACUCCCUCUGCUCCCUCACAACCCGAGCCAGAGCCCUUGUAUCACUGUGGAGAGUGUGGCAAGUCUUUCACCCAUCUCCCUAGCCUGCGCAGACACAUUAGGACCCACGGAGACGUAGAGGGUACCACCAGGGGCGGCAGCUCUAGCCAUCAAUCCGACACAAGCCUCCCUCACUCAACUCAGGAUGGCCGCGGUCACCACCGUGAGCAGAACCAGCAGUCCAAUCCCGACCCGACAUCAUCAUCCUGCCCAAGCCCAGAGAGGACCUACUCUUGCCGGGAUUGCGGAAAAGGCUUCAAGAAAAGAGGGCACCUCCUGCAGCACGGAGUCAUUCACUCAGGGGCACGUCCCUUCAACUGUGGAAUAUGUGAGCGGUCUUUCAAUCGCCGCGAGUCCCUGACCAGACACGAGAAGAUCCACGAGGAGAAGCCCUUCCGCUGCCCGGCAUGCGGCCGCUGCUUCAGGGAAAGCACCUCCCUGCUUAACCAUGCAGCCUCUGGCACCUGUGGAAAACCAAGUAGGCGCUCUAGAAGCAGCGAUGGAGGCAGCUCUGUGAAUUCCGAUGGAAAGUCAGGAGACUAUCACGGCAGACAUAGUGGUGGUGGUGGUGGUGGUAGUGGCAGUGGAUCAGGGAUGAACUACAAAUCUGAGGGUGGUAUGUACCAGCAAGGAAGAGGUGGAGGGUCCGGCUCAAGCACCAAGACAGAGGGGAAAUAUGGCUCCGAUUACAGCUCCAGGAAUCGUUACCAGUCCUCGUCGUGCAGAGUUGACGAUUACCGUCGCCAGCAGGGAAAUCCAUCUCCUUGUUAUUCUGCCGAUGGCUCCUGCAGCAGUGGCAUGACCAGCGCAACACUCCGAAAAGCUCCCCUUGCGCCCACCUUGCACCCGCAUCCUCAGAACCAGCAGCACCACCACCAUAAUCAGCAGCAACACCUUCCCCUCUCCUCCCUCCUGGAUGACUCUGAAGAUGAAGUCACCAGCAGUGCCAUGUCCGCCAUAGCCGCUGCAGCCGCUGCAUCAUUGCCUGCGGAACUCAACAGCGAAGGUCGUGAGGAGAGGAGAGACAUCAUUGGAGGUUUGCUGGGUGGACUUGGCUUCGGAAACAUGAGCGGCAGUGGCCCAUCCUCAACGUCUGAAAUGAACAAGUCCUCCUACAGAUCAGGAAGUGGUGGGAGUGGCCAGUGCAUGAGUGGAUCCAUGAUGCCUCUUUCCCAUCCGAAUUCAAACGACCCCAAUGGCAAGCCCAAGCGCCCCAGAAAGCCCAGGCAAAAGAGAGAGCUGAAGCCUGGUGAAGUUCCCAUCAAACGUCGACGCCGUUAUUCGAGUGGGCCGCGUGGUGAAGGAGAGAGACCAUACAUUUGCAUCUCUUGUGGCCGUGGUUUCAGCAGACGUGAAACCCUCCGUCGCCACGAGCGAGUGCACACUGGUGAGAAGCCGUUCCACUGUGAUGUUUGUGGGAAAGACUUCAGAGAGCCGUUCCACCUCACCAAACACCAGACCGUUCACUCGGGUGCGAAGAACUUCAAAUGCAGUCUCUGUGGCAAAGAGUUUGGCUAUUCCCAGAGCUUGAAGAGACACACAAAACUACACAUGAAGGGGGAUUUUCGGCCAAGAAAGAGUAACACUAAGAGCAACAACAACAAUGCUGCUCAAAACCACGGAGGAGUCAUCAGCCAGCAUGGCGAUCAAAAACACUCGAGCUCGUAUUACUCGUUUCCACAGAGUAAGGAUUUCCAAGGGAAUGACUCCAGCUCAGGAAACCAGACCCCUGCUCGACUCUACACCUGCGAAAUCUGCUGGAAAUCCUUCCGCCACCACUUCCACCUGACUGCCCAUCACCAAACAGUCCACGAAAAUGGAGGCGAAAAGCUCUUUUGCUGUGAGGUGUGUGGAAAAGCCUUUGCAUACUCCAACAGCCUGGCCCGUCACAGGUUGUCCCAGCACGGCCUCUCCCAGCCCCCUUCCAACCAGUCAUCCAGUGGAGGGGGAGGCAACGGACCUGGUAGUGGAGGUGGUGGCAGUGGUGGAGGGGGAGGUGGCGGCGGCAGCAGUGGAGGUAGUGGUGGUGGAGGCGGCGGCAGCAGCAGCAGCGGUGGCGGCGGAGGUGGUAGCGGCAACAGUUCCGUGCCUGAAAGUGAGGCAGCAACCAAUGCCCUCCUCCACCUAGCCUCAGACAAUGGGUCCCAUGGGAGCCAGCAGCAGCAGUCGUCCCACUCCAACCUGUCCCACACCCACAACCUCUCCCAGCCAGCUGGCUACUCCCCCCUGUUCUAUGAUCCCGCAACCGGGCCCAAUACCUCCAGCUCCAGUGCGUCCUCUCAGCACCACUACUCCCCCGGUGGCCACCACUCAAGCCAUCAGCAGUCAUCGCUGGGGUUAAAAGGUGAGCAUGGGGGUUAUCAGGGGAGCUCGUCUAGUAGUGUCCUGAGUCCCGCUCCUCCUCUAAUCCCAAUCUCCUCUGCCCAACAGCAGCAGCAGCAGCAGCAGCAUCACCACCACCAACAGCAGCAGCAGCAGCCGCAUCCUUUUCAGUUGCCCCCCCUCCAGUCCCAAAAUCCGUCUCAGCCGUCGGGGGAAGCCACGCUUCCCAAGAAAAAAAAAAAAAAGAAGAUUAGUCUGAUCAGCAGGGGGUCCCUCGUGGGCUUCCUGAACCAUGAGAACAACAAAAGAUACAGACAAAUUCGACGAAGGAAGCGUAGGCUUCAGAGACAGCUGAGACGGAAGAAGUACAUCCUGGCCAAGAUUCUAAGGUCCAGGAACGGGACUGGUGGGGGGGUUACGUGGCGCGUUGGGCGCCUAACCUUCACCGGGCUGAGGUCGUUGGAGAUCCAAUUGAAACGCUUCCCGUGCCCGCUCUGCCCCAGCACCACCUUCAGCCGCCAGGCUAGCCUGCUCGUCCACCUCGCGAUCCGCCACCCACCGAGGACCACCGGCCGGAAGGCCCGACUCCGCUGCACCAUCUGUGGGAAGCGCUCGCGCCGGCUCCUGCGCGCUCUACGCCACAGAGCCUUCCACCUCAACCAGGGCUGCUUCGCGUGCCCGCGCUGCCCCGCGCGCUUCUGGAACCCCGCCCUGCUGGAGAGGCACAGAAUUGCAUGCUGGCGUGUGGGCCCCGCCCCCGUUGCCAUCGGCAACAACAACUGGGGCCUGAAGCUGCAGGUGUCCUCUAAAGUGACAGCUGCCGCUGAGGCCCAGAGCGAGAGAUCAACUGUGGUGACUGAGUACAGGCACUAAAUAUUUUUUUAAGUAAAGGGUAAAUGGAGAGAAAAAAAAAACACAACAAAGAGAAAAAAAAAGACCUAAGAUGUUUAGGGUGUUUUUAAGAUGAUGGGGGAGUGGGGAGGGAAAGGAUGUAGGUGUUGGGAAGGAAGACAUGUCUCUAGAUAUUAUACUUCACCAUUAAACAUAAACUUUUCCGGCCUGCACCUAAAAGCAACAUCCAAUUUAAAAUGUGGAGCUCUAACUUGGAUUCCUCAAAGGGGAAAGUACUCUAGUAUGUGUGAGUGUUUUCGUAGCAUCUCUGUCCUUUUUAGAUGCAUUCACCAUAUCCUUUUUUGUAACAUCUGUUUAGCGGUAAUGAAUGCGUUCAAAUAUGAGUGAAUUAAUCCAAACAGUACUGAUUUUAUUUUUUCCUGUUUAGUUUUUCCCUUGUUAUUCAAACCGUAUAGUCUCUGUCUUUCCUUUGAUAAGUGUAGUUUUUCUGUUUAUCGUGGAAUUGUGCUUUUUUUUUCUCCGUUGUUUUUGUUUUUGGGUCAUUUUGUAUUGGCCAAUGUUGAGUCGAGAGAGGUAAAGGGGGUGGGUGGAGAAGGGUCAGUCUUUGAGAGAAAAAAAACGAUAAAAAAAAAAAACAUUGUAGUCUGAUCAUUGAGGAUAACACGUUUAGACACUGUUGUUGUGAAGCUUAAACUCUGUGAAAAACAUACUCCCUCAUCAAAGAAUCCCAAAACAAGACACUUAUCCCUUUCUCACUUCACUGAAAUAAGAAAUCAUGAAAUCAAGAAAUCAUGUGCAGAAAAAUAACAGCAUUGUGAUCGGAGAUGGAUUGAAUCGGCGGAUUGAGGCCAUUUUUUGUCUGAAUCUGUGAUUUUUUUUUUUAAAUAAAGGAAAACAAAAGAGAAGGAAAGCAACCAUGGGCCUGAAUAGGUGAAACCGGUCCAAACAGCCUGUUAUCAAGGUUUGGAACACCAGAGAUGGGAUCAGCCACCCUGUACUGUACAAUUCGUAUUAUAUUUUAUUAUAUUAUUGUGUUUUUGUUUGUUUUUAUAUUCCAAGUAUAAAUUCUUUUUUUAAUCAUUUUUACUCUGUGAUGGCUGGGUGGGUGGGAUAUGACCUUGGGGGGUGUUAUCCGUGUUAAGACGAGGGGUAUAAGUGUAUCCAUGUGAUAUUUUGGUUUUAUUUUUUUUUCUUCCUCUCCCCUCCCCUUCUGGAUUUGUUUGUUCUAGUCUCCCAACACGACCAUAUCCACACACAUGACCUGUAGUUCCCCCCCUUCAUCUCUCCCCUUUUCUUCCUCUGUAAACUAAAAAAAUACGAACUAUAAAUACUAAACGACUAUCCUCUUUUUUUUGUUCCCCCUAAACCUACAAAAGAUGUUCAGACCCUCUUGAAAUCAAAUAAAAACGCAAAAGGA